UCGCGGACUCCUCCUCCCCCGCCCUUCUCAGCGGUCCCCCGCCCCCUCCCUCCGCCUCCUCCUCUCUUGCCUGCAGCCGAGCGUCCCCUUCCCCCACUGUCGGGUUUCUCCGCGGCUACUGCAGAGGAUUUAGAUCCGAGUAGCUGAGGAGAAGGAGGAGGAGGCUCCUGUCCCUGCGCGCCAUCCACCACCCUACUGGACACAGACGAGGGAGCGAGAGCGUCGCCGCUGUAGCCUCCGGAGAAGACAAGGGCAUCGCCGCUUCAGCUGCCGCCGCCGCCGCCGCCGCGGUUUUCGUCUGCAGCAGCUCGCCGGAUCCUCAGUCUUCCACAAUGAACCCCGUUUACAGCCCCGUGCAACCUGGGGCUCCUUAUGGCAACCCUAAGAACAUGGCCUACACUGGUUACCCCACAGCAUACCCGGCAGCUGCUCCUGCCUACAAUCCCAGCCUCUACCCGACCAACAGCCCCAGUUAUGCUCCAGAGUUUCAGUUCCUGCAUUCAGCUUAUGCCACUCUGCUGAUGAAACAAGCCUGGCCACAGAACUCAUCUUCCUGUGGCACUGAAGGCACCUUCCACCUCCCAGUGGACACCGGGACUGAAAACCGGACUUACCAAGCAUCCUCUGCAGCUUUCAGAUAUACUGCAGGGACACCAUACAAGGUCCCACCGACCCAGAAUAAUACUGCUCCACCCCCCUACUCCCCAUCACCCAACCCCUAUCAGACGGCCAUGUAUCCAAUCAGAAGUGCCUAUCCCCAGCAGAAUCUGUAUGCCCAGGGAGCCUACUACACACAGCCUGUGUAUGCCGCCCAGCCCCAUGUCAUCCACCACACCACGGUUGUCCAGCCCAACAGCAUUCCCUCUGCCAUCUACCCAGCUCCUGUUGCUGCCCCCAGGACCAAUGGCGUGGCCAUGGGCAUGGUGGCAGGCACCACCAUGGCAAUGUCAGCAGGUACCCUGCUGACCACACCCCAGCACACCGCAAUUGGGGCACACCCUGUCUCCAUGCCCACAUACAGGGCCCAAGGGACCCCUGCGUACAGCUAUGUGCCCCCGCACUGGUAAAGCCUGCAGCCCAUCCAAAUCUGGAGUCACAUUGUAUGCAACUACUCGAGUCUUACAGGUGCUGAGCAGUCCCCUAGCAGCACCACCUCUAUUGCAAGAAGAGACAACGGAAGUGCAAGGGUCACUUUAUGCAUCUUUAAUGGUUUUGAUUUUUAUUUUUGGUUUUUGUAAAAGCUGCUUUUUCUAAUCUCCUAGGAGCCUCCCCUCGUGCCUCCCUCUUAGCCACUGCCCUUCUGCCCUAGCCCUUCUUCCUACCUAACCAGGCCCAGUCCUCUCUGCACUUCUUCCCUUCCAUAAGCAUCCUGUCCCUGGGAUCCCAGUCUAGUAGCAAGCAGAGAGUGAGGUUUAUUGCGAUGGUUCAUCUAAAGGCUAGAUUCAUUUGGAGAGCAGAACAGAUGUGACCCUCCGUGUGGAGUAGGAAGUUGGAACUGUCGAGAAGGCCACAUCUCUGUCAGAUUGUCAUCUUCUAAAGCAGGAUUAGUUCAAAAGCAAAGAAAUAUCUUCUAAGAACCAUCACAACAGACCAAGAACAAACCCACCUGGUUAUGUAGGAAUGUUAGCAGCUGCAUUUGGGGAAGGGUGGAUGGAGGGAAGACACUGGGGAAGUAGUGUGAAGAGGGCAGGAGGGCGCUCAGCUCUGGUUUGAAAGGUCUCUGGCCACACUGCCAGGCCUGGACCUUCUGAUUUGCACAGUGAUGUUAACUGACCUGGCACUUCCUUCAGAGAUGUUUUGACCUCAGACCUGCCAAACAGCUGCAUGUCGGUGGGAUCCCAGCAUCCAGAGGCUUUUGAAGGCCAGGUGUAUGGAUAAUCCCACACUUAGCCUGAGCCUCGUGGACCUACUCUGGGGAGUGUUCUCCUGAUGAGAGUAGGAACUGGUAGCAUUUCUCUCCCUUGCCCUUCUGCCCUUCCCAGUGCCGGGGCGCACACGUCUGUCUGUGGGGCUGGCAGGCAGGCCAAGCUCUUGGUUACCUUGUGCCAUGUCACGGCCAAAGUGAAGGAACCACAUUCCAGGUGGGAGCUGGCGGUUCUGAAGGUCAGGAUAGUGAAGGAAAACAAUAGCAAUAAUCAUUUCAUACUCAUGGAACUGAAGGGACCUUAGCAUCCAUCAUCUCACCCAUUCCCCUAUCUGACAUGAGGAAAACUGAGGCCCAGAGAAGCAGAAAGGACUUCUCUGAACCUCACUGUAAAUUAGCAUUAAAUGCAGCCUUCCUACUACUGGCAUUUUACAUACAAAAAUUUUGCUAGGGAUGGAUUGGCUUGACUUUGUAAAAAUUAAGUCAGCAGUGCCCACCUCUGGUGAGCUCUGGAAUGACCUCUGGGCUUGUUUCUGCUAUUGUCCCUCAUGGACUCCAAAGGUGGGGGCUGAAGACUUAGGCAGAGGCCACAUAGGGCAGAUGGCAGAAAUAGAAAAUACAUUUAGAAAACCUAUGAAGACAUCUGGAAUGUUUAUCCUGAACCUGACUCCACUCCAAGAAAAGGAGUAGGUGGGCUGGAAGGAGAGGCUAUGGACUUAGGACAAGAAGAGAGGAAGAAUGGGAGCCACCAAGAGAGGUGGACAUGGAUGAAGCCAAGCAGAUACAGUCACAUCUGGGAGAAGAAGAGGUACCCCAGGACAAGGAAGUUCUUCCUAGUCUCAGAAAGGAAAUGGAUUGGCCAGCCACCCUCCUGUGCCCAGCUAGCAGAGCCGAUCUCCUCAUUGGGUGGAACAGGAAUAUCUGUGUAAAAUUGGAUCACUGGUAAUAUUUUAGACUUGAAUUAUUUUCAUUUUAAAUUCAUUUUAAACUUGGACAUCACCUUCCUAUUUCCCAAGUUCCCCUAAAGGAAAAAAAGGAAACCCUUGAGCUGGAAUGACCUCAGACAGUCUGACUGACCUCAGGAGGUCAGAGUUCUUCAGCAUCAGUGGCAGAGAGCCAGAGUUAAGGCUCUUACCUCCUGGCCUUCCAGGAACUUCAGGACCAGGAAAACUCGGCUGUUCUGGGGUGCUGACAAGGUUUCAUUUUAAAACAAAGUUUUCCAGUGUUAAUCUGAUCUUAUAACACUUCUCCCUCUCCUCUGUCGUUUUGUAGAGGUGGAUGAAGGUUGCUAGAGAUCAUGUCUAACAUGUUAAAAGGAUGCCAAACUGAUAAUGGUGGUGAUAAUUGUAGGAUACCUUUGUCAGGUGCUUCACAGGUUUCAAAGCACUUCACGACCUUUAAUCUACUGACCCUGAGAGCAAGCAACAGGGUCAGCUAUUCCACUCACUUGACAAAUGAUGCAAUAGAUUCUAAGAAGAAAUGAAAUGACCCAAAGUGAGCUCAAUGCUGGAAUCCUGGCAGGCUACCUAGACCCUACAGUCUCCAGGUGACCUGGUGGAGGAGAAAUAAACAGACACAGGAAUGGUCUUUUAACGUUUGUUCUUUCCACACCAGUAAAUUAAAAGCUAUUUGCGCCUCUCACUGUUCAUGUGGGCUAGCCCUGAGAGAUGAAGGCAUGGUGCCUGCUAUUUAAUUCAUAGAGGAUCCAAGGCUCAGAAAAGUACAGGGACUUUCUGGUAAGGAAUCCCCUGCUGGCUCUAUUCUCUGGAAGCCUGAUCCAAACAUAGGCUCAUGUUCUAAAGCAUCUAUGCUCUGCACCCCACCUUAGACCUCCUCUGUGAUUCAAGAUCAGAAAAGCCCCAAGGUGAAAACCAAGUAUUGACAUGCUGUAGUCUAGAAGAACCCAGACCCAUUAACGCUUUUUUUAGGAAGAGCACAAGAGCCCCAGUUCAGAUGGCCUCACCCUAUUGUUUGACAGAGAUCCACAAGUCUAGCCAAGCUUAGGGAGUCAGAGCAAAGGGACUGAGCCCUAGGGCACAGGGUGGUGUGUGCCUCAGGUUAGGUGAACACAGCUUUUGGCAAAGUGACAGAUAGCUGGCAGGAGUACUCUAGGUAUCAUCUAAACAAUCUGGAUGGCUCAGUGGUCAAGACAGACAAGGCCAGAGCUGGAAAGGUCCCCUCACCAUAGGAUGAGGGGCAUGCACAUGACACCAUGAGCUACCACACGCACACACGGACGCCUUGUGCACGCCCCUCCCCCUCCCCAGUGCAGAGCUGAGGGAGAGGUGCUUCUGGUCACCAGACUCCCUUAUUACCGUUUGAUCAUCUUCAUCCACCCUGGGCCAGUCUGGACUACUCACAGUGAGUGAAAGCCUGAGAGUCUCUUGUCAUGUUUAAAACAAAACAAAAAACAAGCAAAAGCCCUAUUUUUCUUCCCAUAAGAUAAAAUACUUUUUCCUUCUUGUUAUCCCAGCAGUGCCCUGACGUGCAUACCCCCUCCCCUGAGUAUUCAUCAGGGACACACACCUCUGUCCCGACCUCUUUUUGUAUGUAAAGUACUUUGACUUUGGCUGCCAAAGCCUCUGCUUUAAAGAUGGAGGCAGGGUGUGCAUCAUGAUGCUAUGAAGGGGUCAGAGACUUGCCAAAGGACACAUAGCUCACGAGUGAAAAAGCCAAGAUUGAAACUCUUCUGCUCCUCUCUGCUCUUGGUGCUGCCUCCUACUGGAUCUUGAGUAUAAGUUUGCUUGAAGAAGGCGGGGCUACUUGCUACCCCACACAGAAACGUGGAGGAAGACUUGGGGAGCUCUAGUCCAUCAGCUAAGAAGGUUUUGAAGAAUUUCUGCUCUGGGUCAAGACCUAUAAAGGGCCCUGGAGACCCAGAGAUAGGUAGAUCCAGCUGGUAGCACAGAUAGGAAUUUGCCACAAAAGACCUAACUCAACACUGAAAGGUGACAACUGCUCAGUACUGAAGAGAAUUGAGGACAGCAUCGUCCUUCUUUCAACAAAGAGUCUCGCUUCUGGGAAGCAUGCACACCCUGGCCAUCUGGCUCCUGUCCAGAUCCAACAAGGUACUUUAACAGGACAUGGCAUAAGCCUGAACUAUUGAAAGCAUGUCUGGACUGGAGUACCAGGCUUAUUUGAGCACCAGAGACUAACUUGUGUCCCAUGUAUCCCAGUGCUUUCUGGCCAUCUAAACAGUUGUAAGUUUGAGACCUAGCAGUGUUUCUUCGGAAGGCUUGAUGCUCUGAUCUAAAUAGCUUUCAGAAAUGAGUCAUGGGGAGCAUAAAAGUAGCACAAGUCCCUUGGUCACCAAGUUCUGGCAUCAUAUUGUGCAGACAUGACACAUCAGAUAAGGCAUUGGCUGAACCUGGCUUAGUUCCCUGCAUAUCAGAUAUCUUCCCCUGCUAUGGGCUCUGGUCUUCACAGUGUUCUGGCAGCCAGUCAUCAUCCCAUGUGUGACUCACGUUCAGCGAGCUCUGCCUUUCCAUCUUGAGUUAACUGUAUCACUGCUGAGUGUGUGGCCCCAAGUAUCUCGUUAAGCUUGGGAGACAAGAGAAGGGCAGCUGGGUUGGAGUGGACACAGGGGAGCAAAUCAGCAGAAGAAACUUAGCUGGGUUCAUGGUCAGACAACACCUGAGCCUCUAGACAGACUUCUGUGUUACACCAGGCUGGCGGCAAGGUUGGUCCUUUUCCUACCCCUGUUUGCUCACUUAGAAAAAAACAUUUGUGAAAUUUGGCAUUAUGUGGUUCCAGGACUCAGCUUUCAAAAUUCCCAGUAGGCCAGCUUCAACAUUCCAUGGCCAAACUCGCCUGACCUAGACUUGGGUCCCAUUCCCUCAGUUUCUCCUGUGGGUAUUUCCUAAUUUAUAUACUCUUAAGACCAGCUAAGAACAUAGGAGUUGAAACUGGUGGCCACAGAGCCAAAGAGGGACACAGAAGACAAAGAAGCACUUGAUUUACUUACUGUGGCUGCUACUUUCAGUAGUCCUUAGGUAGCCCUGCUGUGGCAGUGUGUCCCUUUAUCCAUUCCAGCCUGAGGGACAAUUUUCUUUUCCAAGAGAACAGAUUUAAAACAGCUUUACAGAUAGCAGCAGCCCACAGGAAUCUGCUUUGGACUUGACCCUAGCAUCCUCUGUUCUUGACCCCAGCUCAGCCAUCUCCCUCAUGCAUGAAAGUCAGACUAAAUGAAGAAUAGGACUGGCCCAGAGACCUCAGGUCAGCCAGAUCGACUGGAUCUGUCUUGUGAACCAAGCUCCUUACAAGGUGAUGCAAGGCUAGGCCUCCUGCACCUUGGAGUUGUCUUCUAUCUUUGAAGGCCCAGGGCCUGUCCCCUUCCUGUCUUCAAGGCAUCUGCACCCCUCUUUCAUAUCACAUGACAGAGAAGCUUGUUCUCAUGGCAUGUACCAUCCCUGUGAAGAGAGCGUUGUGUAUGAUUUUUGUAUUUUUUAAUUCAUUUUAACCUACAGGUUGGAAUCUAAUUUUUAAAUUUUAUUGGAACUCACAUUUUAAAACAAAUAAAAAACAUUUAAAAAUAAUAAUAAUUAUAAUAAUAAACCUUUGACCGGUGUCUUCCAAGUAGUUUGAUCAAAUAAUUUAUAGGUGUUUUCAAAAAAUACAGCCUGGAGUAUAAAGAUUGGAAAGCCCUGUGGCCACGCUUGUGUGUAUGAAGUGUAAAUCUGGCUUUGUUGUUUUGGAUUCCUUUGGGUUUUGUUUUGUUUUGAAGAUCAGAUAGUGAUCGCUCUGAAUGGUUGAAGCCAAGAGUUUGUAACUAUGAUAUUUACUGUAAGCUGUAGAACAUUCAACAACUAUUAAAAGAAAGU